AUGUCGUCACUGGGAACCUCGAAGGGGAUUCUAGAGAUCGCCAAGUUUGGGGUUUACGUUACCGUACCCAUCGUUCUUAUGUACGUUUAUGCUAGCAAUACAGACAACACUCUCCACAAGUUCAUCGGAAAAAAGUCUUACAUUGAAUAUCCCAAGGAUACACAAAAGCCACCACCACCAGAGGAACUUCGAGAGAUGGCGAGGGAGAUAGCUCGUAAAAGGAACAACCCCUGA